AUGGCCGAUGUGCCCAAGGACCUUUUGGCCGAGGUCAAGAAGCUGGAGGAGCAGUUCACUGUCCCCACCGAGAAGCUUAAGCAAAUCAGCAAGCACUUCAUCUCGGAGCUGGAGAAGGGUCUCAGUGUCGAAGGCGGUAGCAUCCCUAUGAACCCUACUUGGGUCAUGUCCUUCCCUGAUGGCUACGAAACUGGCACUUACCUAGCCCUCGACAUGGGUGGCACCAACCUCCGUGUCUGUGAGAUUACCUUGACGGACGUCAAGUCGGAGUUCGACAUCAUUCAAUCCAAGUACCGCAUGCCUGAGGAGCUCAAGACCGGACAGUCGGACGAGUUGUGGGAGUACAUUGCCGACUGCUUGGCCCAGUUCAUCGAGACUCACCAUCCCGACCACCCUCAGUCUCAGAAGAUUCCCCUUGGUUUCACCUUCUCCUACCCUGCCACCCAGAACUACAUCGAUGAGGGCAUCCUCCAGCGCUGGACCAAGGGUUUUGACAUUGCCGGAGUCGAAGGCCAGAACGUUGUUCCGUUCCUCGAGGCCGCCUUGGCUGCCAGGAAUGUCCCUAUCAAGCUGUCUGCCUUGAUCAACGACACCACUGGAACCCUGAUUGCCUCGGCUUACACCGAUACCAAGAUGAAGAUUGGCUGCAUUUUUGGCACUGGCUGCAACGCUGCUUACAUGGAAAACUGCGGCUCCAUCCCUAAGCUUGCUCACAUGAACUUGCCUCCUGAUUGCCCCAUGGCCAUCAACUGCGAAUGGGGUGCCUUUGACAACGAGCACAAGGUCUUGCCUCGUACCCCCUACGACAUCAUCAUUGAUAAGGACUCUCCCCGCCCGGGUCAGCAGGCGUUCGAGAAGAUGAUUGCCGGUCUCUACUUGGGCGAGAUCUUCCGUUUGGUCCUCGUUGACCUGCACGACAACAAGGCUGUGCACAUCUUCGAGAACCAGGACAUUGUCAAGCUCCGCAAGGCCUACACCCUGGACUCGUCUUUCUUGUCAGCCAUUGAGGACGACCCCUUUGAGAACUUGCAGGAAACGAGCGACCUGUUUCUCUCCAAGCUGAACCUCAAGGCCACCAGGCCCGAGCUGGAGCUGGUUCGCCGCCUCGCCGAGCUCAUCGGCACCCGCGCUGCCCGCCUCUCCGCUUGUGGUGUCGCUGCCAUUUGCAUGAAGAAGGGCUACGAGAGCUGCCACGUUGGCGCCGACGGCUCGGUGUUUAACAAGUACCCUCACUUCAAGGCCCGCGGUGCCCAGGCUCUGCGCGAAAUUCUUGACUGGCCUGCCAAGACUAACCCCAAGGAAGAGGACCCUAUCGAAAUCCUCGCGGCAGAGGACGGUAGCGGUGUUGGUGCCGCCCUCAUUGCCGCCCUGACCCUCAAGAGAGUUCAGCAGGGCAACAUGGCCGGCAUUCUUAACCCCGAGAACUUCAAAUAG